AAAUAGUACUUCAUUGGAAAUACACGGCGAUCUUGAGUGCAUCGACAAUUUCAUUUUCUCCAACAUGUUAUCACAUUAAUUAACAUUUCAACAAGGAUUUUCACUCUAAACGUACAACAAAGGCGUACAAAUUUGUUAAAAAUCGGUCUCGUGACUGAUAUCAUUAGAUAUUUCUCAAUUUUUGCCUUUAAAAUUUUUCUCGACGCACCAUGAGCACACCGCAGGUAGUCUCCCGUAAAAUUGGGAUCGUUAAGCAGAUUGUUUCUGGUGAUACGAUUUUGAUUAGAGACGUACCAAAAGAUGGACCACCACCAGAGAAAACAAUAUGUCUUUCGAAUAUUAUGGCUCCAAAAUUGGCCCGCAGAGCUAUUGGAAAUUCUGAAGAAACGAAAGAUGAAGCGUAUGCUUGGGAAGCGAGGGAAUUUCUUCGCAAUAAAUUAAUUGGAGAAUAUGUGACAUUCGUUGAAGAGAAGACGAUAAAUAACAGAACGUACGGCAAUGUUUGGUUGGGAAGAGACACAAGUGGUCCAAGUGUGGCCGAGCAACUCGUAAUGGAGGGUCUUGUAAACGUAAAGUCAGACACUCGCAAUGUCACCCCAGAAUUGCAGCGGUUGCAAGAUUUGGAAAAUUCUGCCAAAUCUGCCGGCAAGGGUAAAUGGCCGAAUCCGUCAUCUUCGGCCCACGUGAGAGACAUCAAGUGGACCAUUGAAAAUCCACGAGCUCUGGUCGAGCGUUUAGGUGGAAAACGUGUGAAAGCUGUCAUUGAACAUGUUCGUGAUGGUUCAACAGUUCGCGCUUUCCUCUUGCCCGACUUUUACUAUGUGACUUUAGAAAUGGCCGGAAUUCGAUGCCCAAAACUCGAGGCUGAAAGUGAAGAGAAAUCAUUGGCAAAAGAAGCUCAAUAUGUCACUGAAUCGAAACUCCUACAGAGACAAGUUGAAAUAAUACUCUAUUCGGUGAAUAGUAAUAAUUUUGUCGGUAGAAUUAUUCAUCCAAAGGGUGAUAUUGCCGAAUUUCUUUUGAAUUUUGGUUACGCUGAAUGUGUGAGCUGGUCGAUGAAUAAUCAAAUGAAGGCCGACGUUUUGAAACAGUAUCAAAGUGCUGAGAAGGCAGCAAAGGAUAAACAAUUGCGUAGGUGGAAAAAUUAUAAACCACCAACAGCAAGUACAGAACUCAUGGAAUUCAGUGGUAUUGUCACAGAAAUUGCCAAUGCUGAUGCAAUUCUUGUAAAAUUACAAUCUGGCGAUACGAAAAAAGUCUUUCUCAGCAGUAUUAGGCCACCACCGCGCGACAAGAAAUUCCAAAACGAAGAUGGAACUAUUACGAAACCAAAAGAUUUCCGACCACUCUACGAUGUACCAUGGAUGUUCGAGGCUCGUGAAUUUCUACGAAAAAAACUCAUUAGCAAAUUGGUGAAGGUGUCCAUCGAUUAUAUUCAACCGGCGAAGGACAAUUUCCCCGAGAAAACUUGUUGUACUGUAAUGAUUGGAAAAGUAAAUAUUGCCGAGAUGAUGGUGUCAAAGGGUCUUGCGACAGUGGUUAAAUACCGACAGAAUGACGAUCAGCGCUCGAUUCACUACAGUGAAUUAUUAGCCGCUGAGAGUAAAGCCGAAAAAUCACAGUACGGUCUUCAUGCGAAGAAAGAUGUUCCAAUGCAGAGAAUACGUGAUGUCUCGACAGAUCCAGCAGCCGCUAAAUCACAUCUGCAAUCAUUGAAGCGUGCACGUGAAAUAAAAGCCGUGGUUGAAUUUGUCACGAGUGGAUCGCGUCUCAAACUUUUUGUACCCAAGGAAUAUUGUCUCAUUACAUUCUUAUUGGCUGGUGUGAAAGCACCACGUGCGCCACGCAUAACUCCCACUUCGGGAAGCAGCGAAGGCGAACCAUUCGGUGAGGAGGCACUCAAAUUCACGAGGGAACAUUGCCUGCAAAAAGACGUUGACAUUCAAGUUGAGAAUAUGGAAUCGAAGGGUAGCGGUUUCAUCGGUUGGCUAUUUGUCGAUGGUGUUAAUUUGUCUGUUGCUCUUGUCGAGGAGGGUCUGGCAACAGUUUCCACAUUCAUGGAGCAGGGAGAACACUUCAAGAUUCUCAAGGCCGCUGAGGAACGUGCCAAGGCCAAGAAAUUAAAUAUUUGGAAAGACUACGUGAAAAUUGAGGUGGAAACUGAGAAAGUCGAGGAGGAUAAUAAAGUGGUGGAGAGAAAGAUCAAUUAUCAUGAAGUUGUUGUUUCGGAAAUCACCGAGGAUCUUCAUUUCUAUGCGCAAAAUGUCGAUCAGCGUAAUUUGUACGAGAGUUUAAUAGCUCGAUUACGUCAGGAAUUGACGGAAAAUCCACCAUUGCCGGGUGCAUAUAAUCCACGAAGAGGCGACUUGGCCGCUGCUAAAUUCACCGAAGACGAUCAAUGGUAUCGUGUGAAAAUUGAAAAGGUCUCCGGUCCCAAUGUCAGUGUAUUCUACAUUGAUUAUGGUAAUCGAGAGUCAUUGAAUGUCACUCGUGUCGCUGCUUUACCACCUGGAUUUUCGAGCGAUCGACCAUUUGCCUCUGAAUACAUGCUUGCUUGGGUUAAACUUCCGCAAGAUAAUGACUACAAGAAAAUGGCGAUUGACGCUUUCCGAGAAGAUGUCGUUACGGGAAAAACUUUGCUCCUGAAUGUUGAAUUCAAAGUGAAUAAUUUACCAGCAGCAACAUUGGUCGAUUCGACAACUAACGAAGACAUUGGCAAAGGACUUAUCGCCUAUGGUUAUUUGAUUGUCGAAAAGAGUCGAGACCGAAGAGUGAAAAAAUUGAUGGAAGACUACAAAGCGGCAGAGGACGAAGCAAAGAAGGGCCGCAUGAAUAUUUGGGAAUACGGAGACAUCACUGAAGACGACGCCAAAGAAUUUGGCGUUGGUCGUUAAAAAAAAAUGCAUAAUUAAAUUUAUUUUGAAAAAAAAACAAAAAAAAAUGGGGUUUUACAUGGUCAGACUGUCUAGUUGUUUAAAUCAACAAAUUUAUAACACUUAGCACUGUCCAAGAAAAAAUGAACAGAAUUGACAGGCGGGUUUUUUUUUGUUUAAAGAAAACCUUUUUCAUAGUACAUUUUACAGUGAAAGGCAUAAUAGAGAGAGAAAAAUAUGAAACAUUAUUGUGUCAAUAUAAUUAACCAUAGCGCGCCAUAAAAAAAUAUUUCACACUAUAUAUUUCUUUAUAAGAAUGUUAUAUAUAUAUACGAGUUGAUUUUACAAUUCUUAAAAAAAAAUCAUAAAUUGAAAAUUUAUUCAACUUUGUUUUAUUCUCGAAAAAAAAUUACGUAUAUAUUGAAAAUUUAUUCAACUUUUGUUGAUAAGUUUGUAAAUUUUUUUCUUUUUCUCUCGCUCGUUAGUUCCUUUAUAAAAAGAAAAAAUGCAUAAUUUAUUUGUGAUUUUACUUCCUUGUUUUUUUAAUCCGCAUUUAAAAUAUUAUUGCGGUAUUUCAGUUGGUUUUUUUUAAUGUAGUACGUACACAACUGAAUAUUGUGUUUUUUAAAAGAAAAGAAAGUAUAUAGAUUUUUUAUAUCUACCAUUUUAUCAGUAGUAUUUUGCUGACGAAUAAAUUUUCAAAUGGAUAUUAAAUUUGUAUAUUCAAUUGUUACUUAUGAGGAGAAGUGACGAAAAAUUGGAAUGAAUUUUUUUAUUAAUAUAAUUUCGUUUUCAUUUGAUCAUGAGAAAUGUUAUUCCGGGGGUUAUGUGCCAAAAUGUGUAUUGUAUAUUUUUUUUCUUAAUCGAAACUGUUAAUUGUAGUUGUUAAAAUAAUGUCAUCAAGUAGUUGUUUUUUUUUUGUUAUAGUAUCGACUCAUUUUACCUAAAGGCUGAAUUUAAUCAUCACUUGAUAUUACAUUAAGAAUUAAUUUAAAGAAAAGAUAACAAUGCUUACUAUUUUUAUCAGAAUAAUUAAUGUGGUCAAAGGCAAACGAAUGGAUUUAUUUGAUUUUGAACGUGCGUGGAAAAUUGAUUUCGUCUCUGUAAUGUUUUCUUUUAUUGUAAAAAAUAUAAUAUUAUAUUUUUCACAAAAA